UGGCUGCAGAACAGCAUCUCCAGUGUGUGGAGCAGGAGAAAAUGGAGCCUGAUUGAAUGUGAGAGCAGGCGGAAGAAAGGCAGCAGUGGCAGAGGGAGGGCGUUUGCUCUCAGUGAGCAGCACAACUCAGCUGCUGCAGUCAGGGCAUCAAUUUUGUAUAGGCGUUGAGUGCAGUGCCAGUGCGUCCGCUAGUAUCAGAGCUGAGGCUUCCCCUCUCUCUGCCAGCCUGUUUACCGCUGACCAUGGAGAGCAGCUCGCGUCUCGCUCGACCACAGAGUGAUGGGGGGCGAUACGAGCUGUCUCUAUAGGCAUGUCCGCGUCCGAUUCUAGCGCAGCGCUGCUCAGCUGCAAGAGUUCUGCUGAUUCCUACACGAGUAGACCAUCGGAUUCCGACCUGUCCCUGGAGGAGGACAAGGAGGCGUCUCGGCGUGAGGCCGAGCGCCAGGCCCACCUCCAGCUCGAGAGAGCCAAGACCAAACCUGUGGCAUUUGCAGUGAGAACCAAUGUCAGCUACUGUGGGGCACUUGAUGAAGACUGUCCGGUUCAGGGUGCUGCCAUCAACUUUGAAACCAAAGAUUUUCUACAUAUAAAAGAAAAGUAUAAUAAUGACUGGUGGAUCGGGAGGCUGGUGAAGGAGGGGGCAGAUAUUGCCUUCAUCCCCAGCCCUGUUAAACUGGAGGCCAUGCGGAUCAAGCAGGAACAGAAAGCAGCUCAGAGGAAAGUGGGAGGGAAUGCGUCGUCUGGGGGCUGGAGGUCUACUCCUCCUUCUGCAGCCAAACAGAAGCAGAAGCAGACAGAGCACGUUCCACCCUAUGAUGUAGUUCCAUCCAUGAGGCCUGUUGUUCUGGUUGGCCCCUCACUGAAAGGCUAUGAGGUGACUGAUAUGAUGCAGAAAGCCUUGUUUGACUUCCUGAAACACAGGUUUGAUGGGAGGAUUUCUAUCACACGGGUGACUGCAGACCUGUCUCUGGCCAAAAGGUCUGUUCUGAAUAAGAAAGCUAUCAUGGAGAGGUCGAACACUCGCUCCAGUCUGGCGGAGGUGCAGAGUGAGAUUGAGAGAAUAUUUGAGCUGGCUAAAAGCCUGCAGUUGGUGGUCUUGGAUGCAGAUACUAUCAACCAUCCCGCACAGCUUCUCAAGACCUCCCUCGCUCCCAUCAUUGUCUAUGUGAAAGUGUCCUCUCCAAAGGUCCUUCAAAGACUCAUUAAGUCCAGAGGGAAAUCUCAAAGCAAACAUCUCAACGUGCAAAUGAUGGCUGGAGAUAAACUAGCACAGUGCCCACCAGAAAUGUUUGAUGUUAUACUGGAUGAGAAUCAGUUAGAGGAUGCCUGCGAACACCUGGCCGAAUAUUUAGAUAUAUACUGGCGUGCCACUCACCUGCCAGGCUCCGCCCCCCCAAACCCUCUAGUGGAGCAAAAUGUAGUUACACCACCCUCAGCUAACUCUAGCCAACAGUUCUCAGAGACGCAGGAGCUAAUUGAAUGAGUACUACCACAAAUAAGGUGACACAGAACAUUCCAGAUAGACCCCCAGAAUAUUCCUCAAAGGCCAGCCACUCACUGCCCCAGAAUGAGAUGGGGCUCAGAGCAGCUGCCCCCCUGAUGAGAAAGAGGAGGAGCAGAAGGAUGGAGAACAAGAUGAGGGCCAAGGAGAAGUGGACCAAUCCCAGCCUCACUGACAGUGACAACACACACCCUUCCCUGCACUAACACAUGUGUCGUCCUUUACAUCUCAGGACCACUCUGAUGCAGGCCUUCAGCCAAAACACAAAAACACACACACACACACACACACACACACACACACACACACAUACUGAUAUACACACAUUCAACUGGUCUGAACAUCCCUGCUGAGACCCACACUGAGAUCAACGGGGGUUUCCCCCAACCCCUUGGUGGUGCCGUCUGUCCGCCAGGUUCUGCCAGCCUGACUUUCAUCUCUGGGGUGAGGCUGGCACUGGCAUCAGAGCAUCCAUACCAUGCCCUCACAAAGAAGGGCACACCAUGCCACAACUGCCAGUCAGCUCACUCAGUCUCCACCUCUUGCAUCACUUUUGGUUUGUUUUCAAGGUUUAUCAAGACCAUAGCUUUUGCACAAUUCACUUCAUUUCAAUGAAUAGUCAAAUAUGAUUAGCUCAUAAUUAAUAACCCAAUAAGCUUUAUGUAGCACAACUCUCAAAUUACAGUUGAGACUAUUUGUAACUGAAAAUGUUUUUAUUUUCCUUUCCUGUCUUGUUCUCCUUUUCUUGUGUCCUUUCACACACUGGGAAUCUUUAGGUUUAUGUCAACCAGGGUAAAUUAACUAGUAACUCAUCAGUUUUCCAACCACACUGCACUAAUAUCACCCUUUCAGAUCAAUGAAAAGCAGACCACAUGAAUGUUUGUACAUCUUUUGCCUAGAUCUCAGUAUUGCACUAAACAGCCUAAUAUAGUAUUAUUUACUUUGUGGUUCUCAACUGGUGGGUCACAGGUCUGUUCUAACGGGACAGCGGGUGAUCAAAACAAAUCUCAAUAAUAUAAAUAGUACGAAGCCCCACACAUGAUGUGGAAAAAAUAUAUAUGUAUUGUGGCCACGAAUUAAGAAUUUGUUCUCGUUUUAGUAAAUUGUGGCCACGAAUAAAGAAUUCAUUCCCACAACUUAAUUUGUUCCCUCGUUUUAGUAAAUCAUGGCCAUGAAAUAAUUUGUUCCCUUUUGAUUUAACUAACAAGGGAACAAAACAUUACAUCGUAGCCACAAUUUAGUAAAACGAGGGAACAAAUUAUUAUCAUGCACACUACUUACUUACAGUCGCUAGGACACAUUUCUUAAUACUUUUGAGAAUUUUUUUUUUUUUUUAAUUUUUUUUUCAAAACUCUUUCAGUAGUUCUAGUGCAUUUUGAAACAGUUCAUACUGUCAUACUCAUGUCUCAAAUCAACUCUAACACUAGCAAAGCUUUUCAACCAACAAACACACUUUGUCACUCAUAAAACACAGACCUAAAAAACACUAACAACAGGUAGCAUUAUACGUUUUCCUUUGUAAAAUGUUUUUACAAAACAACAAUGGCACGGUCCACUGCUUCUAAUUCACUGCAGUAUAUGUUACACAGUGCAAGUUUACAUUACAGUACACAAUUAUUCCUAUAGUAUUCCUCUUUUGUAUAGAUGGUAAUGAAAUUGAAACACUAACACCUGUGUAGGCAUUCAGCUACAUCUAAUUGUUUUAGAUUCAGAAUAUAUUUCAAUAUGGUAUUACUAUAGAAAUAUAGCAAUUUCUGUCUUAUUCAGUUUUGAUUACGUUAGGUUUUGAACUUAACAGUUUUAAAAAGAAUAGGCUAAGCAAGCAUGUGCAAAUUGGCCUGUAGGUGCCGAUGUUUGUGUCUAAAUGAGAAAAGAAUUGGUGUAAUUUGAAAGAAGUAGUCAUUAAAUGCAUUUUUUGCAAAAGCAGUGAUAAAGGAUCCACAGUUUAGCCCACAUAGACUGCUGUUCUGAUCACUGAAGAGUUUUGAAAAAGAGACCAAAAAAAGUGAAAAAGUAUUGAGAAAUAUGUCCUAGCGAUUGGUUUUAUUUCCUCCCUUUCAUGUGCAGGACUCUGUAAUAGUGCAACUAACCAUGUAAUCAUGCAUAGUUAGGAUGACACAAUAAAUCGACUAUUGAUUUAAUUAUUAAUUAAUUAUAAUUAUAUUUGAUUCAUAUUAAUAUUUUAUUUUUUAUUAAUACAUUUUAAAGUUUGAUUCAAUUCAAUUCAAUUCAAAACGAUUUUUGGUGCUGUGUUGGGUCUGUUGAAGUAAACCCAGUUGAGAACCACUACUCUAUUCUAAUCGUUAGAAUUACAGUGACAUCUAGUGGUUAUGUUUGAAACUCUAAAAGUAAGACCCUUGCAAACGUCCUUGUUUUUACACAAGUAUCACUGUACAUAAUCGUACCAUUGUUCCAACAGCAACAGUAAGAUGUGUAAUGGUAAGAGGAUGUAUUGCUUCAGCACACGUUUUCACCACUGUUUAAUAACAUCCUUUUUUUCUUCAUUUUGAGAAUCUCAAAACACUGAUAAUAAGUCCUGAUCUUUUUUUUUAUCUUUACUAUCAACACUUAUAUGCAUGAUAAAUGAUGAUCUUGCCGACAUAUCUGCUGCUGUGAUUGUUGAGUUUUGCUUGCUGCUGUUCUUCCAUGCAAUAACAAACACAUUUACAAAUUUUAUCACACAUAACAGAAUGACUUAUGUCUUAAUUUGCAAGACAAUCUUUUAACUAAAUGUUCACUAAUUUUACUCUUUGCAUACAUGCACAUGCAGUCCCAUUGUACAAUGAAGCUAAUCAUGACUAUGCAUGACAAACGGUCAGACAUUUGUAGUAAUACACCGCACUGUAAACUGAAUAGGGAAAUGCAAUAGAAACAUAUAAACCAUCUGCUUGAGUAUAUACAGAUUGCACAUUUAAAUUCAUUGCCCUCAUCUAUAUAUAAAUGCACAAACAAAUGACUUUCUGUUAGUUUAAAAUGUACAUGUAUAUUAUUUACAUAUAUUGAUCAAAAAUGUUAUUUGGGACCAUGUUGAAUCUUCUGUCAAUUUGUGAAACACUGCAUAUAAAAAGCAACAAGCAAGAGACACAGGCUUUAAAGCACAAUGAGCUCUUCCCAGUCGAAAAUGUGCUUGAUAUCCUUCCAGGUGAUUUUUGUACAUAGUCAAAAACUAUGUCUUUGGGUCUCCAAAGUAUAUUUUCAAGGCUAAUUGUUUAUUUUAUUAGAUAUUUAUGUUGUUCUCUAUUACAAUUUACUGUACUGUAUGCAACACUGGAAGAAUGGCGAAGACUUGGCUUGUACUAAUAAAGGUCUAUCACAGAAUAAAAGGAAAUCAAUAUGAUUGCACUAUUUAGUUUUUGUGUUUGAGGUUUUCUUUUGGUUUACAAUGCAAUAAAUGCACUAUGUAAGUGUGUAAACCCUCUUCCAGUAGUAACUUUAUCAUAUUGUACUAAUGUGACAACACUGACAGCACUAAGCUCUGGGAGAAAAAGAAAGAGAAAAAUGUACUGAUGCUGAACAAAGUAUUGUGUGCUCUGGGGAAGAAAAGAAUAAUUAAAAAGAAAAGAAAAAGAA